AUGAAUAAAUCAACCUUGAGUUCCAUCGUCCUCAGUUUCGAGGCAAUACCCACCGAACUCGCCCAUCAGAUAAUCGACGAUCUACGAGUAUGGGACGUUCUAAAACUGCUCUGCUAUCAGAAUGACCGGGUAGACGAAUGCAUCAUUUCGCAUCCUAUCUGUCGCACCAUUAUUGGGUCCGACCAUGAGACCAUUUCGAGGACCAGGUUCGCCACUAUAUUCUAUAUAGACUUCUUCUCAAAACUGGGCAAAAAGCUUUUGCCGUAUCCCGGCUGCCUCUUGGGUUUUAACAUCCACUGCGAAAAAGAUUGGAAAACAGAUCAAAUCUUGGACACCAUGCAUUCACGCCUCCAUUAUGAGAUCAGAGAACACUGGCGAAAAAUCGAUCUCACUCGAUUCGGUGCAUCCAAAAACAUCUCAUUCGCGAAUUGGCGUCCGCCGCAAAAUGGAUACUCUUUCGAGGAAAUGAAAAAACACUGGGACGAUAUACAAACUGCCAAGGUUACCCCUUUCAAACAAAUGGCCGAGGAGCUCCGUUGGGCUGCCGAUAUCUUAGAGGCAAAUCCAGAUAUCCUUAAACGUACUUUGGACCCAGGACAAGAGAUACGACCGAACACGGCACACAUUGUGUCACGGAUGAGACGUAAUGCAGCAAAGAUUGUGCGGUCUCCAAAAGAAAAGUUCGUCUCUUCUGAGCACUUUUCGGUUGUGUUCGUUCCAGUUAUUCCAUUUGACUCUGCAUUGAACGAGAUGCUGUAUUUUAUGCAAAGUCAGGGUAUAAUUAUGGGCAAUCGAGUCGUCACAGAUAGUCUUCCCUCUUUGGUGACGAAGUUGGUCCACGUCGUCAUCUGCGGGAUGCCUCGUUUUUACUUGUCACCUCUUGAGACAGAAGAACUAUCCCAAAUGAAGCAAAGGCCAACUGUGAAUGAGAAAGGGGAGAUUCUCCGAACAGGAAAUACACUGUGGUCCGAACAAGUGAAAACUCCGAUUUCCAUCGAUGGCUCCUUCUUCACCCCCUUCAAAACGGACAGUGCCCGCAGUUUCCGACGCCCAGUUCCCUAUAAAUGGGAUCCCCAUAGUGAGAUGGAGAAAGAAUGGCUUGAGUCUUUUGUGGGGUUAUAUCGAUACUUGAAGGAAGUGGGGAAAUAG